AUGCCUAAAUUAACAAAAUUACAUGCAAAAGGAAAGACAAACACUAUUCAAAAACAUCACAAAGCGGACGAUGCGUCGGAUAACGCAGAUCCUGAAGAAACUAUGAGACAAUUUCAGCUGGAACUUUGUUGGUGUAUUCAGCAGUUAGAACGUACUUUAAAUGAGAAAAAAGGCACUGAAAAGCAACUAAAUGAGGCAUGGAAAGUACUUACGGUGUUGAAAAACAAUACGCAACCUAUAAUCAGAAAACGGCAGCUGAUGAGGACGCACUUCGGGGACUACAGAGCUAAAAUGCUAGCAGAAGAGAAAAAACUGGCCAAAAUGGCAAGUAAGAUGAAGAUCACUGAAUCAACGGAUAAACCGAAGGCAAAAUUUUUACGGAAAUCAGCAUUCCUUUCAACUGGAGACAGUUCGUUUCGUUUUAAUUUCAACUUAGCUCCUGAAGAAGUCAACAACAGUUCUGUCAGAACAGAAGGAGAGAACAAUAAACCCAUUGAAGACAAAACAAUAAAAGAUUCUACAGAAACUGUAAAAGAUGUGAAUACUUCUAAAGAUUUCAAAUUUACCUUUUCUGGAUCAGACUUCAAAUUCAAUUUCAAUGCAGACAAUUCAUAG